AUGCCACAGUCACACGCCAGUACGGACCGGGAGUCGGUCUGGUCCGAAGGGGACCACCGGCUGAAACAUCAACACUCUGCCUCUUCUGAUCAUGGCAGCCGAGCCUUGAUUCCCAUGUGGGACAGCUCCGAUCCUGAACGUGCACCCCCGCCGUUGCCCUUGAAUCCGCAGUCGCCCAGCUUCUCGUCGCGGGCCGGCACUAGUAUUGCCAUCCAGUCCGCCCAUGCUGCGCUGAGCGAGCGAGCCCGCGAGAACGCCGUCGUCCCGUCCCUGGCCAAGCGGGUCCAGGACGGCUCCCCCGAAAAAUCCAUGAUCAAGGGCCACCGUCGCAUGCAGUCGCUGCAGCCUGGCACCGUCCGGGACAUGAGUCUUAUGAUCGACGGCGGGCGAAACACUCCUGGCUCCCCCGGCCGAUCUUUCGACAAGCACGACCGACCGUCGACUCCCACCAGCAACAAUAACAACAACCAGCUCCGGGAGAGCGCCAUCGAGCACGAGAGCUCGAACCCGGGUCCUGGCCCCAGCCUCACACCAAUUGUCCGACCGACGGUCCGUCGACCGCCUCCCCAGAGCAUACUGGGAGAGAACACGCCGCCUCAGUCGUCGACUAUGCUCGCCCUUCAGACCAUGGGCAUCCAACAAGCAUCCCGAGAGGCAAACCCUGCCCUCUCGAGUGUUACAAACGGCGCGACCCCUAGCAAAGGUGCCCCGACCAUCGAGGGCCUGUCUGGUCAGAUCAUCAAUCUCACUGGCAUCGCCCAGUCACUGCAAAAGGAGCUGUCGGCGCUCAGCAGGCGCAGUCGCGACAAUGCCACCGACCUUCUCAGCCUCAAGGAGGCCACCAACACCAGGGAUGAGGACAUUCGAAGGAGCCUACGAGACCUGAUGGGUAAUGUGAGCGAGGCGUCCAGCAGAAUCUCUUCGCGCGAACACUACUCUGGGCUGUUCCUCGACAACAAGCCUCACUGCACCUCGCCGCCUCAUAGGGGUUCGUUCCAACUCCCCCGGAUACCAUCACCCAAGAGCUUUGCCGAGUCUAUCGACCGCGCCUCCGUGAGCACACCCUCUCUCGUGGGCGUGGAUGGCCCCGCCUCGAUUGCCAUCCUUGAAAGGAUUCUGCGCGGCCUCGGUACCAAAGAUGGACAGGAGUCGCUGGUCGGCCUCCUCAACGAGCUGUCGCAAAAGGUAUCCGGGCUGGCGACGGCUUCCAAGGUGGAUGACCUCGCUCGCUUCGUUCGCGAAAGGUCGCAGAGCGCAAUCGUCCCAGAUGUCUCUGCGCGCGGCUCACCAUUUGGCGGCGAUGUCGUCGCGGCCGGCUCCAUGACCCCGAGAGUCGAGCGCCUUCUCCACAGCAGUGAGAAUCGCAGCUUGCCAGGCUCGGCGGGGCGUGGCGCCGACCUGCUGAAUGAGGACCUCAUCAAGAUCAUUCAGUCAGUCAAGGACAGCGUCGCGCAGGGCGGCGGCUUGACGGCCGAGGUCAAGGCUCUGGUGCGCGAACUUCGGGGCGAGGUCCUGGGCAUGGGCCGUGAGCUCGGCAAGCGCCUGGAGAAGAUGGGUGUCAGGGCCGAUGAAGAGUCGGACCCUCCCAGCAAAGAUGAAGUCUCAAGGGUGAUCGAUGAGGGCCUCGCUCAGAUGAAGGAGCAGCUAAACAACGUCCUCCGCGAGCAUCGACGACAGUCUCAGGCCUCGGCCUCCUCGCAGAAGACCCUGAUCGAUUAUCAGGAGAUCUACAACGCUAUGCGUGCAGCACUCCGUGACAACGAAGCUUCUCGCGGUGAGAUGCCCGAUCUUAGCCGCGAGGACGUCAUCGAGGCUGUGCGUGACGCCUGGGAGAACUACAAGCCCGAGAUCGAGGUUCAGCAGCUCGGUCUGGAGCGCGACGAAGUCCUUACCUGCCUCAAGGAGGGCAUCCAGGAGUACAUGCCUCGUGAUCAAGCACCGGUUGGCGCGACCAGGGAUGAGGUGUUCCAGGCCGUCGUCGAAGGCCUGAAGCAUUUUGUGCCGCCGCGCAUGGACACCUCGGCGACGAUGUCUAGGGACGAGAUUAUCGAGGCUGUCCGUGACUGCCUAGAGGAGUUUGAAUUCCCUGUGGCGGCGUCUGCGAUUGGCAACGACAUGACGCACAAGGAUAUGGUCCACGCAGUCAAGGAGGGCCUGGAAGGGCUUGAGUUUCCUCGCGGAGAUGCCAUUGUUAGAGCCCAGCCUGACAACGACGAGGUUCUGCUGCGCCUCCAAGACAUCAUGGAGUACAUGAAGCUUGAGUUCAAGGCGGUCUCUGAAGAGGCAAAGGACAAUGUCGCUGCCAACGGCCGAGACACGGAACAAGUCCUCGACGCCACCAAGGACGGCCUAGAGAAUCUCCGCAUUGCCAUUGAGAGCUAUGUUGACCGCGUCUCUGGCGCGAGUGGACACGAGGAGCUCAUGGAGCAUCUGUCCAGGACAGUCGAGGAGAUGAAGGAAGAGCUGUCCCAUGCUGUUACGCAGGCCAACGAAGGCGCGCGCGUACAGCUCCAAACCGAACUUGAGGGCCUGCGUGACGUUGUCAAUUCGUCAAUGGUCCCUGCGACGCCCCAAAAUGCGAACAACAACCAUGAAGUCCUCGACGCGCUGCAAACCGGCCUUAACAACCUCAGGCAGGAGAUCUUGAGACCUCGACCCGAGACCAGCGAAAUCCUGGAUGCCAUCAACGAUGGUCUCAACGAGAUUCGGGCUGGGAUCGACAGAGUGACUAACAAGCCGGUCGACCUAACCGCAAACGAUGAGAUCCUGGACGCUCUCAAGAGUGGUCUGGACUCUGUCAGGUCUGACAUCGAGACGCUGCGCGACGACGGCAAUGACAGAGCAGUAGCCACAGUCAACAAUCUCGGGUCGGACCAGGCCAUCAUUCCGGCAGACAUGGUCAAGCAGGAUGACAUCAGGAAUCUCGAGGUUCUCAUCACACAGCUCCGAAUCAAGGUCGAGGCUAUGGGCCCCGAAGCCGAGACGGACAACGUGCAAAAGGAGGAUCUGGCUCGGCUGGAGGACAUGCUUCGAAACGUCCAGGAAGGCGUUGAAGAGAUUUCUUCUCGAGAGCCUCCAGCACCAGCCGAGAAGGAGGCGUCGGAUGCUGCUCCUAUUCCUGGGGAUGUUGCGACAAAGGAUGAUGUCGAAGCCAUCGAGACGAUUCUGCGCAACACGAAAGCUCGCCUUGACGACCUCAUUGACGGCGAGCAAGCUGUCCGAAAAGAGCAGCUUGAUGCCGUAGAGGCUGCUGCAUUGGAGUCCAAGCAGACAAUGGACUCUAUAGUUGAGCAGCUUGGCGCUAUGUCCAAAAAGGAAGACCUGACUGUCUUUGAAUCUCUGCUCACGCAACUUACCGUCGGCUUGAGCGAGUUGAAGGAGCAUGCAGAUAAGGACGCUGAAAACGACGACAAGGCCACCAAAACGGACGUUGAAGCUGUCGAAACGGUCGUACUCGAGAUUAAGACGGCGCUCGACGGCUUUACUGGCACAGACUUUGCAGCUCUAUCGAACAAGGAGGAUCUCUCAAACAUUGAGAGCAUCGUCAAGGAGGCCAACGAGAAGCUCCAAGAGCUUUCCGAGGUAUCGACCAAAGCCCAGGAUGAUCGCCAAGCCGAAAUCGUUGGUGUGGCCGACCGAGUGGCCGAGGUCAAAACGUUCUUGGAGGAAUUCCAGGAGGCCGUCAAGGGCAAGCUUGAGGAGGGCACGUCUGGUGUCGAGGCGCUCGGCAAGCUCCUUGAAUCCAUGGGCGAGAAGAUCGACAAGAACGAGAACGUCAGUCAAGACCUCAAAGACAUGUUCGACAAUAUGAAGACGCAGUUCGAGGAGUCCAAGGAGGUCGUCGCCGGUGCCAGACUCGAAUCGAACGAGAAGCUCCAGGAAGCCACGGACAGCAUAGGAACCAAGAUCGACGACAAGAUCACGGAGCUCAUUGCCAAGUAUGACGAGUUCAAGAUCUCGCUCGACGAAAAGUCGGCGGCGGGUGAGGCGCGGGACAUCGAGACGGAGGCUGCCGUCGUCGGAACCAAGGCGGUUGCGGAUGAGCUGAAGCUGCUGAUUGACACUCUGGGUUCGACCGUCACAGACUCGCUUGAGAAGAUGGAGGAAGCCUCGAAGACUGUGUUCGAAAGGGUCGAAGAGCUCGCUUCUCGAACCGACGACCACCAGGCCGAGGGCAAGUCUGAGCAUGCACAGACGCGGGAGCACAUCCAGCAAGCCGUCGCAGUCGUUGAGGGCUUGCAGGGCGAAGUCAAGGAAUACCAGCCCCAAAUCCUGCAGGCAGUCAAAGACCUCCUCCUCCUCGUCGGCGAGCACUACGAGCACUCCAAAUCCUCCGCCACCAACCUCCAAGACAAGAUUGUGGAGUCGAAGCCGCCUGAGCAGCCCAUGCUGCCCCCUCCGGAGAAGUAUGAUGAUUCGGAGGUGCAGCAGAAGCUCAAUACGCUGGUGGAGCAAAAGUACGACGAUUCGGAAGUCAAGGAGACGCUCAACAGGCUGGUGGAGCAAAGAUACGACGACACCGAGGUCCGAGAGACUCUGGGUAGGCUGCUCGAAGACAAGUACGACGACUCUAUGCUCCACGAGAAGAUCGAUAAGCUGGUCGAGGACAAGUACGACGACGCCGGCGUCCACGAGAAGCUGGACAGGCUCGUCGACCACAGCGCCACGGCUACGGAGGCAUUUUCGCGCUUUGAAACCCUGGAUAAGGUGCACGCGUCUGUCGUCAACACGGCUGCCGAGAUUUCUCAAUUCCUGUCUGCUCAGACGCAGCGCAUCUCGGACGACCACGAGGACCGCGAGAAGACUCUCCAGGAGACGAUCAUCUCCCUGGAGCGCCGGCUGGCCGAAAAGGAGCAUGUGGAGACGUCUAUCCUCAGCCUCAAGGAUGAGGAAGAGAGGCUCCGCAAGAGCGUCAUGAGCCUCCGCACGGAGCAGGAGAGUCUCAUCCGCCAGAAGACUAGACUCACAGGCGACGUGUCCUCGCUCGAGACGGCCAUGCGAUUGCGCAAGGAGGAGCUCUCGGAGAUGGAGCACCGCGCAGAACGUCUUGAACGGCGCAUCAUGGAGGGCGUCAUGGACCAUUCACGGGUUCUGCUCAUGUCCAAGUCUAGCAAGGACCGCGACAAUAUGAGCCGCAAGCGCGUCAAGAAGCCUGCCAGCGAAGAGGCUGAGGUCCCCAAACCCCGGCCCGUCGUCAACAUGGCCCUGCAGGCAAAGCGUAACCUGGCACCGCCGGCAUCGAACGGAGCUGCGAGGCGUAUUGCGUCUCUCAGCCAGAUGCACAGCAACAUGUCGUCGGGUCUGGUCAAGCGAAGCCAGAGCGUGCGGACGCCGGCGGGCGCGAACGCGCUCCGGAAGCGCAGCUGGGGCGGCGGCCUUGGAAAGGCGUUUGACUCUGAGGACAAGGAGAACGUUGGCGUGGCGGAGACGGUGGAAGAGCUGGAAGAGCCGGAGACGCCUCAGCCGGACCGAACCACCGAGAUCGACUUUGCGGGAGAGGAGACGACGGUGCUCGACUCGGCGCUUGACGACGACGGCGACGAUGAUCACAGCGAGGCCGGCACGCUGCGGCGGAGCAGCAUGGGCACCACGGUGAUUACAUCGAGCACGGAUCAGUACGACGAGUCCGAGGCCGGGACCAGCGAGUACGGCGACGAGUAUAGCGACUACACGGAGAGCGUCAUCGGGACGGACGCCAGCACCGAUAUUGGCGCCGAGAACGGCCUCGUGCUGUACGGUCAGUAG